UCCUCCCUCUUCAGAGACUUUAGGACAGUCUCCAAAACCGAGAUCUACCUCCUCACAGGCCUCCAGUAGUCUCCAAGAUGUGGACCUCACUGUGCCUCAUCUCAAUCCUCUCCACCCUCCACUUCACCCAGUGUGACCCUCAAAUCAAUGCGGGAUUUCAGCCGUACGACCUGCUCUUCGAUAACGCGGUGGAGGCGUAUUAUAAGCAGGACUGGCUGGCGGUGAUCCUCAACAUGGAGAAAGCGCUGCGGAAUAAAGGAGCGCUGCGUAAAAUACAGACGCACUGUCGCCUGUCCUGCGCCAAUAACACCGCUUUUGGGGAGCCUCUUCCCGGUUUGGGCGUCCCGAUCCCAGGCUCCGGCUCUGUGGAGGAUUUAGCGUUUUUCCAGAGGAUUCUCAAACGGGCCGAUUGCGUGAAUGCGUGUGAAACCGAGAAACUGGGACCGGCGACACUGCAUAAAGUUAGUGAGAAUGUAGAGCUGGAGUUUAAGAAGAGGACGCCGUAUAAUUACCUGCAAGUGGCUUACUUUAAGAUAAACAAGCUUGACAAGGCAGUGGCAGCAGCAAAUACAUUUUUCAUGGCGAACCCCGAGCAUGUGGAGAUGAAACAGAAUUUAGAUUAUUACAGGAUGAUGGCUGGGGUGCAGGAGACCGAUUUCAAGGACCUGGAGGAGAAACCGCACAUGGCUGAAUUUUUGCAAGGCAAGAUCCAUUACAGUACGGAAGAUUUCGUUCCAGCCGUCGAGCAUUUUGAGGCCGCGGUUGAAGAAUAUUUCGGCGCUUAUGAGGAAUGUCGAGUUCUGUGUGAGGGAGCGUUCGAUUAUGAUGGAUACAACUACAUGGAGUACAACGCUGAUCUCUUUCAGUCUAUGACAGACCAUUAUCUUCAUGUUUUGAGCUGCAAACAGAACUGUGCCAUCGAGCUGGCAUCCACCGCUGGGAGAGAAACGCCUUUUGAAGAUUUCCUGCCCUCGCACUUCAACUACCUGCAGUUCUCAUACUAUAACAUGGAAAAAUUCGAGCAGGCCAUUGAGUGUGCUAAAACAUACCUGCUCUUCCACCCUGAGGAUGCAGUCAUGGCUCAGAACAUUGCGUAUUACUCCGCUGUGCUGGGAGAUGAAAAAGCCAUCAACAUCACAGAAAGAGAGGUGGUUAAGCAGCAUAUAAAGAGGUCUCUGCUGGAAAAAGAGCUCCUUUACUACGGCUAUGAGAUGUUUGGUAAAACGUUUGUUGAUCCAGACACAUGGACGCCCGAGGAAGUCAUGCCCAAGAAACUAAGAGACAAACAGAAGGUGGACAAAGAAACAGCGGCGAGGAUUACAGAGGAGAUCGGUAACCUGAUGAAAGAGAUAGAGACACUGGUGGAAGAAAAGAGUAAAGAGUCAUCAGACAUUGUCAAGGUUGUGAAAGAUGAAAUCAAACCAGCUUCUGCUCCAGAAACUACCGGCAAACUCCCAUCUGAUGACAUCACCAUAACCAUGACCUCCGGGGUUCUGAGCGGUUCACAUAGAGUUGUCCUGGAUGGAGUAACCACAUCUGAUGAGUGUCAGGAACUUCAUCAUCUCUCCACUGAAGCAGCUCUUCAAGAUGCUUUUAAAGCAGCACCAUUCCCUCAUUCAGCAAAUGAGGUGUUUCAGGACGUCCCAGUUCUUAAAGCUCUACAGGAGGGUCUAAUUCCUUCACAAAGUGCACAUUUGUUGUCCAAUCUAAGUGAGAAAAUCCGGAAGGUUCUUGAAUCGUACUUCGCUCUGGAAUCACCGCUCUAUUUCUCCAGCUCAAACUUGGUCUGCAGAUCUGCCACAGAAAAGCAGGAAGUCAGUGCAGACUGUCUGCUCAUUUCGGAGCUCAACGAAUGCAUCAAAGUGCCGUCAACAAACACCAAUCAAGGCUACAGUGCCAUUUUGUACCUCAAUGAUGAUUUCGAAGGAGGAGAUUUUAUCUUCACCGAGUCGGAUGGCAAAGCUGUCUCUGCUGCAGUGAAGCCUCAGUGUGGUCGAGUGGUGGGCUUCAGAGCCGGACAGGAGAAUCUUCAUGGGGUCUCAGCAGUAACUAAAGGCCAGAGAUGUGCUGUAGUGCUUCACUUCACUCUGGAUCCUCAGCACAAUCAGGAGGAGCGUUUACAGACUGAAGAAUUUCUGAAAAAGCUUUCAAGCUCAGUUGAAGUCGACGUCCAGAAAACGGCGAUGGACAGUCAAGAGAAACCCUACAAACCCAAAGAAACAAUCCCUGCCGAAACAACAGAGAAAGACAAAAGCAAAGAGACUGAUGACAACACAGCCGGGACAAACACAGACAGUAAAGCAAUCAAGAAAAGCGAAAAACCAAAAACCAAAACAACAAAAAAGCCAUCGAAAACAGAAACCCAAACAAAAGCUAAAGCAGACAAAACAAAAACCACAACAGCGGAGAAAAAGAAAACAAAAACAGCCGGCAAGACAAAACCUGUAACGACAGACAAAAAGGAGAAGCCGCCUGGCAAGAAAACAACUGCAAAUGACAAAAAAACCAAACCAAAAGAAGCGAAAGACUCCAAAGCUGAAAAACACAAUGAUGAGUUAUGAGCCUCACUGAGGAGAGAUUUGGUUUUCAUUUUUUGAUUUUAUUUUUAUGUGAUGGAGCAGUUCUGCAAUUUUUGUACAUUUUUGUUUCUAAAGACUCGAACCUACAGGAGAAUUAUGGGUGACAAUCAAGUUUGGCAUUCUCAGGACAUUGUGAUUUAGCAUUACAAUUGCCACUCUGCAUUCCCAUAACAAUUCCUGAAUAAAAAGUGAUGUUUUUAAAUUAAAA